AUCUCACUCCGUCUCUCUGUCUCUAUCUCUCUCUCUUACAGCCACCUGCAACUACAUUGCCAUGUCUAAAAUCCUAAUUACUUUUAUAGCAUCGUUCCCCAUUUUUAUUAAUUAGCUGCCCAGCCUUCAAGUUCCUAAGUUCACUUGGAAUCUCUCUCUCUCUAUACCAUCUUACUAUGCGUUUUCAACAUUUUUCUGUAUCAAGAAAGAUGAGGCAUGCUCUUCUGUCCACUCUUGUUGUCUCUUUUCUCCUGGUUCCCACUUCUUCUAAGUCUGCUUGUUACACCUCAAUCUUUAGCUUUGGGGACUCUCUUGCUGACACUGGCAACCUGGUGCAAUCACUAGUUGGCAGGUAUGUGCCUAUGGCGAACCUCCCUUAUGGAGAAACUUUCUUUGGGCACCCCACCGGCAGAUGUUCGAAUGGAAGGUUAAUCAUCGAUUUCUUAGCCCAGGCAUACAGGCUUCCACUGCUUCCUCCAUACCUGGCUGAUCCUUAUGAGGGUAGAGAAUACACCAAAGGAGUGAAUUUUGCAGUUGCAGGAGCUACAGCUCUUGACGUUUCAGAUCUUCUGAGCAAGAACAUCAGACCCUUGACUAACCACUCACUAAGUGUCCAACUUGGAUGGUUUGACAGGCUUUUGCCUUCAUUAUGCUCUACAAAAGCAGAAUGCCAUGAGUACCUCAGAUCGUCGUUAUUUCUAGUUGGGGAGAUUGGAGGGAACGAUUACAACUAUGCCUUCUUUCAAGGCAUGAGCAUCGAAAAGGUCAAGCCUUAUGUCCAUGAUGUGGUAACAGCCAUUGCAAAUGGAGUGAAUACACUGAUAAAACAUGGAGCAAUGCAACUAAUGGUUCCCGGAAACCUCCCUAUCGGCUGCAUAUCGCUCUACCUAACGAUCUUUUCGUCCCGGAAUUUGUCAGACUAUGACCCCAAGAUUGGUUGCCUGAAGCACUACAAUGAGUUUGCCGUGUACCACAAUUCAUAUCUUCUGGGCACGCUCAAAAGGCUAAGAGAGCAGCACCCACAUGCAAGAAUCAUUUAUGCUGACUACUACACUGCUGCUAUGUCCUUCUUCAAGAACCCCAAAAAAUAUGGAUUUGAAAGUGCUCUGAGAGCCUGUUGUGGUGAUGGUGAGCCAUACAACUUCAAUUCCAAGGUUCUUUGCGGACAAAAGGGAAUUAAAGCAUGUGAUGACCCUUCUAGAUAUGUGAAUUGGGAUGGAAUUCAUCUUACUGAUAAGGCAUACAACUUGAUGGCCAAUGGGUUACUCUCUGGCCGAUUUGCUCACCCUGUUCCGUUGACUCCCCAAUCUUGCAACUAAAUACCCAAUUUAUCUUCAUGUUUCGUUUCACAGAUGGGAUUAGUACAAACCUGUGUAUUAAACUCUAGCUUCAAUGUUCUAAUUUGUUUUCAAUUGGUCCAA